ACGGGUUUGGCGAGAGUGGGCCCCCAGUGCGGAACAGACCAUCGUCGUCGUCGUCGUACUCCGCGGAUGUGUGGUGUGUGCCAGGUUCGAGUCGGCCCCCACCAGCGAGCUCGGACCGCCUGACCGUCGGAUUUUGCGUGCGCGCCCACGAAACGAAAGCCGCUACAGGAGACCGCUGUGCUUACGCCCUUCUCGAGAGAGUCCGGUACCGCGCGCGAGCGCCUCUCGACGACAACGCCUGGUCGAACGCGUCUGACGAACGAAGCCUGAAGUACGUCGUGUCGGCGCCGACUCACGUCGCCCACCACCUCUAGUCCAUCGACAUGCAGCCAAGGCUACCUGUGAUAAUAUUAUUGGCGUUCCUGGCGACAUGUACCACUGCACAGGAAGACACGGCCGUCUCGGCGAAAAUUGAUGGCGGCGAGGCGUCGGACGUGAACAUCGAAUGCAACAGCAACAACAUCCAGGUCACCCUGGAGGCCACGCACGACUUCAAUGGCAUGAUCUACCCCAAGGGCCUGUCCAAGAACUCCACCUGCAUGGCCGAGUACAGCAACGUGCGCGACAAGAUCGUCUAUACGCUGCCACUCCGCUCCUGCAACACCAUGAGCACCGAAGUGGAUGAAGGAGUGGAGUACUUCAACACCGUGGUAGUGCAACCUCACCGAAAGCUGGUGACAAACCAAGGCCGUGGAUUCCACAUCCGAUGUCGGUACCAGACUAAAGAGAAGACCAUCACCAAUUUCUUCAACGUUAGCAUGCUGGGAACGACGCCGCUGGUGGCCACGGCGCCCAUGCCCGGCUGCAGCAUGAAGAUCUUCGUCGGCGACUCCGAGGAAGAAGUGAUCGCGGAGAACGUCAAGAUCGGAGACCCACUCACUCUGGUCAUCAGCAUCGACUACCAGGAAACCUACGGCAUGCGUGUCACGAACUGCCUCGUGCGCGACGGUCUCAACUGGGGGGAGCAGCCGCUGAUCAACAACGAAGGGUGUCCCGUGGACAACGAGAUCCUGGGUCCGUUCGAGUACACGAUGAACAAGACGCGCGCCUCGGUCACCUUCCAGGCGCACAAGUUCCCGUACACCUCGUCCGUCUACUACCAGUGCAACGUGCGACUGUGCCUCAAGUCUAGCGGUGGCUGCGACGACGUGCCUCCCGACUGCAGUGAUGUGCGCCACAGUGUUCGUCGCCGCCGUGACGUCGAGGCCAAGGGAGACCUGACCGCCCUGGAGAAGUCCGAGCAGGAUGUGCGCGACCUGAGCAUUGAGGUCUUCUCGGGACUGUACGUCAACGAAGUCACCGACGCCGAGGACCCAGAAGUGAGCUCCCGGCCGACGUCGUCCGCCAGCUCUUCGGACCACGACUUCUGCGUGUCGUCGCGCAAGUUCGCCAUCGGCAUCGCCAUCGCGGGCGUGUUGCUGAUGCUGGCAGUGAUGCUCCUGGUGGCAUGCAUCCUGCACCGCCGCCGCCGCAGGAAGGGAUCCAGCACCGCCGGAAGCUCCAUCUACUCCGGGCCCUACUCCAACCACGGAUACUCGAGGGAAUAGGCGCGCCCGCUCUCCACGCACACCGGGAGUCACUCGCGAGGCUCCCUAGAAUACCGCAACCAGCUCUGACGGGGCCCGACAAACGCGCCUUCACCGCAGAAGCCGGUCUUCCUUCUUUCGUGAGCUGAUUGCAGUAUUAUAGGGACUUACUGAGCAAAACAAAAGAGCGGCAUCUUCUACUGAUGAUUUCUAGACGGGUGCACAAGUCACCGAGGAGUGUUGUUCGUCUGUCGACUGAAACGAACGGCGAAUACCAGCUACAAACAAUUAGGUGCCCACCCUGUAUAAGACGCUGUUCCCGAAGGCAACAAACCGCUGAAUGCGUGACGCGGCUUGUCACCUACAGCAGGCAAGCGGCAUGGUGUUCUCCUGUAACUUAGUGCCAACGCCAAAUCGGGACGAAUGUGUUAUACCACUUCGGCUUCGACUGACCGAUUCAAUCCAUUUUUUUUUUUUUCCUUUUUUGCAGUCCAACAUUCCAGGCUUGUCUUAAGCUGGGUGUCACUUAAGUGGAACCCGCAGUGCCAGGUUUUUGCUGAAAAGAAAGGUUUCAGUCGUCACACGAAGUCGUCCACACGUCCUGCCGAGUGACUCCCGGCUCAAAGCUGAAAGAACAAAUGUAACGGCUAUUGUGCAGGCGUGACUUUGUUCUUUCCGUGCUCUAGCUACGAUACUACAAAACUGCUCCUGUUUAUGGUGUUGUUAUUCCUUUCUAAACAAUCGUUAAGUUGUCGAUGUUAAAAUUACCAUUUUAGAACUGCAAUCAACCGUGAAUUCCCCCCCCCCCUUUUUUUUUACUAUACUUAAUUUGAAGUUGUUCAUCACAGGCCUUGAAAAACUGUCCCUGCACUGUAAUACGGCAGGUAAUUUUCGGACGUUGUCGGCUAAGGUCCCCUAUAUGGCAGGGCAGAUUUCCACAUUAUUAAAUAAGACAAAGCUGUCGCAGUGCUUUUUUUUUUCUUUUUUUUAAUAAGUGGCUUUGCAAGAGCGAACAAGGAGUGCUGGUCAGCUGAAACAGGAUUGGCGGUCAGCUGUACCUUGUUGAGGCUGGUGUAAUGUCGGCGGCAGUAUCUUUCUGAUAAUCCGUCAGGUAACGUUUUACUCCUUUAGGCUCUUUGAAAAGUUUAAUAGCGAAAUUGGCAGGCCCUUAUCUUGAACGGCUACGACCGUUCGCGAACCCAGCUUCUUUCUACCAAGCCAAAUCAGCAUUCACGUUUUACAGAAAUGACAAAAAACAAAUGUCCCUUGCCAAAACAUGCAAUUGAGAUUCGAGCACAUGGCCUAUUUAUCUUUUUUUUUUCUUUUUUAAUAUUACUUGUAUAGAAGAGUCAGCCUUUCAGACAACGCACAGUAAGCAGUAAAUUUAACUACAUUGAAAAAAUGCAGCGACGUUUCUAAUUUGAUGGUCCUCUCAGGCCCUGGUCAGAAGAAAAGCUAAAUAAUUUUAUUUACAACGCUCGAAACAUGUUACCGGCUUACACGCAGGCCAAGUGGCAAAUAUUGCAAAAAAAAAAAAACUUUUGGAGCCUUCAUGUGCUAGACAAAAGCAGGUACUGACCAGCAGCUGUGCAUGCCCUGCAUUGCAGUACAUCGGGCGCGCAUUGAGAAGGCAAGUUGUAAGGGUAACAACCUCGAGGGCAGCUCUGUCCUUUCCCUUAUUUAUAUAUUACGUCACAAUUCCCGUUACUUCACCUAGUUCAUGUCAUCGCUGCCUCGUCAUGUCCUGCUCGAGCUUCGUGCACUGGCAAGCAUGAGACGCUGAAGGCAUGACCAAGUCAUGCGUUGCGUGCUAGUAUACCCUCUCUUUUGCCUGAACUAAGGACGGAAUACAGACCGGUGAUGUCUAAAAAAACAAAAACAAAAAUUGUCGCUGCGAUGCUUUCGCUGAGCUUUCACGCGAAUAUGGCGUGGGAGCCAAUCGUUUCACUUUCAAGCCUAUUUUUCGAUUCAGCGGCUUUCCGUCCCUAUAGGCAUUUGAACCUUUAAAGAUUUUUUUUGUUACUCAAAAACAGUGUGCAAAAAUAGAUAUCAAUGCACCAGGAUGCGCUGAGAGUACGGUGCGCUUAAUGUGUUCGGUUUCGUACACAUAAGUUAUCAUUUUUAUGCCUGUUGGGUUAGGAUCGCAAAACAAGGCGAAUGAUAAGCAGUGAAGGAACACAGUUAGAAUGCAAUUUGCAGCCAAGCUUGGAAAGGCUGGAACUCAUUGCAACCAUACAUGUUCGGUAUUGGAAAAGGCUUUCAUGGACUACGCACGCCAUGAAGGAAUAGAGUAGACACAAUUACGACUUAGGGUACGCGUGUUAAGUUUCAUUUACAACGUUAUUUUUCUUCUCCGCUCCAUGUAUGCAGUCUUAAUUUAUUUUGAUGUAACUACUUCGAGUUGCGGAGAUUAAUGGCAUAGGACGCCAAGGAGCGUAAACCGCACGACGAUGAGCCAUUCAGCCCUCAUGAUAGGCAGCUAUAGCCGUUUAUACGAGCACGCAUACAGAUGUAGUACACGUUCGUGCCAAAUGGACUCUGAUAUGCGUUCGCGCUUAGCCUGUUCUUAAUCUUGCUUAGCUCUUGCUCUCUAGGCACGCUAAAGACCUGAGGAUGCACCACUCAUGCGCACAACUGCCACGUCAUGGAAAACGUUCUCGCUGUCGCACACUACCGUAGCGGAACGCAUGUUUGUCAUGGCUAACGUAGAACUACAAUAUCAAAAAAAAAGGGGGGAAGAAUGUGCUGUCCGCAAGGCCUACGCGCAUUUCUUUUAAUUUUCUGUUUGUUUUGUUUUUUUUCUGUGUACCCGUUAGGCUAAACAUAGGCACGCGAGCCCCUGUUAAAGAAAUGUUCUUCAGUUCCGAACGAGAAAUUCGCUGUCACUAUAACAGCUGCAUCACGUCAGGAGACGUGCAACGUUCUCGGUCAGUUAUUAUACGAAGAACCUUGACAAAACUUGCAAACUCUCAAGCACCCGUACCCGAACCCCCCGGUCUUUGAUUAUUCUCGUCGUGUGUUUGUCCCGCUCGGAGGGUUUUUUAGCGCUGGUGCCUCGGCGCAUCAGUCUGCACGCCCUGGGGAUGGUCUGCCCGGCCAGAUAUGCAAACGCAGAGGCAACGCAAUGUGCCCUUGAAGGGAAAAGUUCCAGAGACUUACGUAGACCGACCGGCAUCCCUAGUACGUCAGUCAUGGUUUAUGUGGCCUUUUGUACAAUACACGCGCGCGCGGCUGAGAUCUGCAUCUGCAUGAUACGGGCUGCGCAUUCCGCUCUUCUUAUUGUUUUGAGCCGUAACCACGCGUCAUUGUCCGUGUGCUUGUAGCCGGUGUCGGGGCCCUCGUAUCUCGUUUAGUGCGUGCACGUAGUCAGCGUUCCUUUUUACAGAGUUUCUUGUAUCUUAAUUUGUACCGUAUGACUUUCCUUGUGUGUAAUAAGAGUCGUGGAUACCUCGUAAAAUACGAACCGUGGCAGCCAUUCUUCGACGGUACGCGGGUGCGAUGCGCCACGCAACUGCUCUCGCGAGACGUGCCUUGGGUGGGGUAGACCUGGGAGUGGCUACUCACGCAGCAGCUCGUGAAAACAGCAUGCAAUAUGAACGCAAACACACGUCGGUGCAUCUGCCGCGUGUGCUUUUGUUUAACUAUUGGAACAACCGACCCCGCGCCUACUUAAUUGUCACCUUGAUUUGGCCGGAAGGUUUCCUGUGUCUGAUGACAAUAAAUAAAGAGUUGCACUAGCUUGACAAGAAUGGCAGCGAAUUGUCCACUAAUCAUAGUUUGGAGUGUUUAGACGCGCAGGCAAUGUGCGCCUUUCCGCAUUUCUUACCGCAGCGCAAUAGAAAUUGGAUUCUUCUCGCCCUGGGCGCGCAGUCUGGAGUUUAAGCUUGCGCUGCGGAGGUCCCAGCAAGCCUGCACGGUGCAAGGCUCCAGUUAUGAAUUCACGCUCAAGCAAGAACUUCUGUGGGCAGAGGUCCUUGCGGGGGUCACAUGUGAAAUGCGUUAAGGGCUGCGUGUGAUGGACCAGUAAUGCAAGCAACAGUGUGCGCAUUGAAAGCAAAACAGGCCUUUAUCACGCCUCACGAUUUGCAGUUGAAUGCACGUAACCCUUGGAGAAUGGCUGCAGAGACGAUCGACUGUGUGCGUCGUCAGUGCAGAGUAUAGUGUUUCUUUGUUAACUGUCUCCUACGCUAAUGAUAAAUGAUUACGCGUCCUCGUGUUUCUGCCAUAUAGAGGUCAUAAUACAGAUUCCGCAGGUACUUCUUUAAUUAACUUUACUGUUCGAAGCCUGUGCCUCUGAAACCGAUUGCGACCUGCGCGUAAAGAAAUUUACUGAGUCGCGUCCACCAAAUAUGAAAAUUUCUUCGCAUUCAUCCGUCAAUAUUGGCGAAUUUCUUUACUGCCGGUCAAUGAAUAUUUGCGAGAAACCAUCUGUAUCUGCAGGGUUACACACAGUUACGUCCAGCAUAGUGGUGUCUGACGGGCUUUGUUGAUCUUCUCUACUAGCUUUUCCGAACAAAAGAUGAAAGCUCGAAGUGCGCUGUUUUCUUGCCGAAGAAGCCUGGGCGCAAAGACCUAGUUCUCAACGUAUGUAAGUAAACAUUUGACGUAACGUAAACACCGCGCAUAUGUUUGAGGACGCCGUUGCAGUCCCUGACCUGAAUGUGAUGUCGUCAUAGCAGUUUUUACUUGUAGAAAAGCAACUAGGAUAUAUGAGAAAUAAAUCUGUCUUUCACAUAUUUAUGAAUGCGCACAGGACAUUUCACGAUGCUCAUAAGUCCGCUAAGAGAUCUUUGCAUUUACACGUGUUCUUUGUAACCUGUGAGAGCAAAAUUAUUGCACUACUACUCGCGUUUUUCAACUGUGUUGCAGUCACGCCUUUUUGGGUUGUCAUACUGCCAUUCCCUUUUACUGCGUUUCUUUGGCUACUCGUCCAUGCCAUACGGGACUACCACUGCCAGAUUACACAACUGACACUGCCUCCCCUUUAUUAGCCGUUUCUCCUUUAUAAGGAAACCGCGCGCUUGUUUCGCGGUGUUGCAAUAUGUAUUCUCCAAUUUCUGAGCCAGUGAAUGUGUUAUCUACCAAUCGGAGAGCCAGACACGGGCUGCUUAUGCGCAGCGGAACGGAGCUCUACUCGUCCAAGUGCCUGCAAGAUCAAUUAAACAUUUGUCCUGUAUUUUUCGGGUACGACCACGCCAGUGUUGUUCCUUUUUGUAGUAAAGAAUUGUCUCCGCACAUAUGUGAACUCUUUUGUAGCACGAAUGUCCAUGGCCCGCUUGUGUACAGAACGUAGUUAUUUCUUUGUGUACAUCUACCUGUGAACUUUUUUUGUGAAAAUAAAUAAAAUGUCUUUCAGGGUACAUCAGAAA